AAAGUGAGAGUACUGGUCAUUCUUCGAUUGUCUACAGUCCAGAGAACAACUUAAGAACCAGCAGAAAUGAAGACCUUGGCCAUCCUCGUCCUCUGUGCUCUUGCAUAUGUCUGUCUUUCAGCAAGUACCGGGGCUUCUGACUCAACUGUCAGUCAGUCUGACUCUCCCAAUGAGGAAGGCGUGUUUGUGAACAAGGACCACGCUGCUACUCUCAUGCGGCAGAAGCGUGCUGGCACCACUGACCCUGCCAGCCUGUCAUUGACUCAGCUGGAGAGCCUGAGAGAGGUGUGCGAGGCCAACUACGGCUGCGAGAAUAUGAUGGAUACAUCUGGAAUUAUUGCCGCCUACACUGCUUACUAUGGACCAAUCCCCUAUUAGAACAUCAUCACCUUGACCAGUCACCUUCCAGCCAGCCUGUCCAGCCCAUGCGAAGAUGUUAAUGUAGAUGGGAUGCAUAGUUUAGAGAACAUCACCACUUUUACAGCCUUCAAGACCAUUCUGAGGAGUGAUUUAAGACUUCCAAAACAUAUCUGCAAGUCUAGGCAAACGAAGUCAGGGUGGGGUAGAGGUUGUGUAGCUAAAGUGCUAAAUUGUAAAUGUAUUUUGAGUGUUAAAUUUAAGUGAUAUUAAAAUGAUAUUAUGAAGGUUGAACUCUAAUAUCAAUGAAUCAGGCAUUAACAUCAUUUAGCAAGUAGUAAUCAAGAGGGUGAGUAGUCAUUAGUUUAGCAUAAAUAAAAAUACAAAAUACUGAAAUUUUGU